AUAUCCCAUAAUUCCGCUUCCAAAACAACAUCACACUAUUUCCUGUCAGACUGAAACGAAAGUCAUCAGAUGGUGCGGAUUUUUGGUCAACACAGAUAGAUGAUCCUACAGAGAUCAAUAAUACAGCGUUUUCUUUCAUAGGAUUAAUUUACAGAUUGAGAGCUGGUCAUGAAUACAAAGCUGGACUGAAAACUUAUUGUGAAUGGAGUGACAUGAUUGGAUGAGUCUGACAGGUCAUGGCCAGCCAAUGCAGCAGCAGUGUGGGUUCACAGGUCCCACCAGGAGCUUGGGGCUCCAUCAACUCCACUUCACUUUCUGCUCGUGUUGAGUCAUAUGAAGCAGGAGAGAAGAAGAGCAUCUCAGAUAUACGGAGAACCUUCUGCCUGUUUGUGACCUUUGACCUUCUGUUCGUCACCUUGCUGUGGAUCAUUGAGCUCAACGUCAAUGGAGGUAUACAAGAGCAGCUGAAGAGUGAGGUGUUGGACUAUGACUACCACAAAUCUUUUUUUGAUAUAUUUCUUUUGGCAGUGUUCCGCUUUGCAGCCUUGAUUUUGGCGUAUGCUGUCUGUAAGCUGCGUCACUGGUGGGCCAUUGCGAUAACCACAGCCAUUACCACUGGCUUCUUAAUUGUAAAAGUAAUUGUGUCAAAGCUUCUGUCUCAAGGGGCAUUUGGGUACCUUUUACCCAUCAUCUCCUUCAUUCUGGCAUGGAUAGAGACGUGGCUCCUGGACUUCAAAGUCCUGCCACAAGAGGCUGGUGAUGAAAUCAGACAUCUUCCAGCGCUAAAUCCAGAACCCCCCGUAUACACAGGAGCAAAUUCAGAAGUCCAGAAGUUCUACUCUCCUCCUGAAUCUGUGGCAGAUUCUGAUGAAGAUUUUUAUGAUAAACAAGAUCUGGAGAAGCCCAUCCUCUAGAAGGAGCUCCGGUGAGUUUUGGAUUCGUGCAAGGCCUUACAGUGCUACUCCACCUGUCUUUGAUUAAGUUUGUAUACGUGGGUUACCAGCUCUAGACAGCUUUGCCUUACAUCCUCCAUUGCCACGAUUAAAAGUUUGUUUCUUUGACUCAGUCAGUCUACCCAUACAGUCAAAGCGUUUAGUGCAAUUGUUUUUUUUCUUUGUUUGUGUUUCUACAUCAGACGAAGAACAAAAAACUGUUCUGUUAAUUGUUUAGUAUUGAUUAUAAAAAGAUACAUGAAGGAUUUUAAUGUGAACUAUACAGUACAGUAUGUUAUGUGUAUAUUGAACCUUAAGCAUCACUGGAUAGAAACUCAUAUAGUAGUGAAAGCCUCAGGUCUGCACUGCAACUCAUUAUUGUGUAAAGAUGCAGUUUUU